CUCUCUUUUCUUUCUUUCUUUCUUUCUUUCUUUUUAGCUCCAUUAUGCAGCAUGAGUUGCUGUCAGAAGUGUUUUGCUGCCAGUCCGGACUUGUUCAGACGGCAGCUAAUGAUCGCAGUUCGAGUUAUUUGUCAUUUAAAGCGGCAGAAAGUGAAAGUCAGUUGUAAUUUAUCUUCCUCUGGAGAGACUGUGGAGAUUCACCUGCUUCUAGGAAAAUGGUUCGCCGACAUUUCCUGGCUGUUUUCGUCUCUUUACUUCAUUUAGCUGCUGCAGAGAAUGUGAAAUAUGCCCUCCUGGGUCAGACGGUCAUUCUGAAUCCAGAAAUCAAGGCAUCUGGUGCAAAUAAAAUCCUGUGGAAACACAACAGGGAGAAAGUGGUGGAGUUUAAUGGACAUGAGCAGAAUGAGUACAAACCAUUUGAAGAUAGGAUCACACUGUACUGGCACACUGCAGAGCUGGAGAUCACCAACCUCAGAUAUGAAGACAGUGGAGACUAUGAACUGGAGGUGAACAAAGAAUUGAUAUCUUUCCCUUUCAAGCUGAAGGUCAUUGGUAAAGUAUCCAAACCUUCCAUAUCCUGUGAGAUAGAAGACACCAGCUCUGAUGAAUCUGGAAACCGGGCCUCACUGAAAUGCUCUGCAGAAUCCAGCCGUUCUGAGUCCUUAAUGAAGUUAGAAUGGAGCUGGCGUGGCAGCAUGCAGCCCGGCCCAAAUUUAACAAUCCCUCUGGGGGAUGAGAAUGAUGAGGAAGAGUACAAUUGUACUGUGAGCAACCCGAUGUCCAGAGAGACGACGACUUUCUCUGCAAGGAACUGCUACUCUGAGACGAAUUUAACUGGAAUCAUUGUCAGCUGUGUUGUUGCUGUCAUUACUGUCCUUCUGGUGAUUUUGGGGCUGCUGUUAUUCCUGAAACGAAGACGACGUACACCAGAACAAAACAGAAGUGACCCUGAGCAAAAUCCUUUAAUGAAUACGCAGUCCAACUUUCAGUCUCCUACGCAAUCAGCAGGCUUUGCUGAAGAGAACGACAACACAGAGCCAGUUGGUUUAAAGAAAAAAGUAAAAUGUUAUCAAGAGAUGACAGAUGAGCAUGAGAAUUCCACUCCUGCUAAACCUCCUGGUCUUGCCAAACCUUUGUCUCCAUUGAAAUUGCACUUUUCAGUCACAUCUCAAGAGGGUGGCAUCGAUAAACACAAGAAAGAAAACAACUUGGAUCAAGUCAGUGGAGAACUUCUUCAACACCCUGCUGGAGAGUCAAGCAUGGAGGAGAAAAACCAGUCAGAUGAAGAGAACAAAAGUGACCCUGAACAAGAAACUUCAAUUGGUAGACAGUCCACCUCUCAGUCUCCUCCGCAAUCAGCAGGCUUUGCUGAACAGAACGACGACACAGAGCCAGUUAAUGUAAAGAAAACAGGAGAAAUUUUUGAAAGGACGAAAGGAGAAAACAGAAGUGACCAUGAGCAAGAAACUUUAGUUGGUAGAUCGUCCACCUCUCAAUCUCCUCCUCAAUCGCCACGCUUUGCUGAACAGAAUGACAACACCAAGCCAGGAGAAAACAGAAGUGACCGUGAGCAAAACACUUUAAUUGGUGGACCGUCCACCUCUCGGUCUUUUGACAAAUUGCCAGACUUUGCUGAGCGGAAUGACAACACAGAGCCAGGAGAAAACAAAAGUGACCGUGAGCAAAAAACUUUAAUUGGUGGACCGUCCACCUCUCAGUCUCGUGAAGAAUUACUUGUCUUUGCUGAACGGAAUGACAACACAGAGCCAGGAGAAAACAGAAGUGACCGUGAGCAAAAAACUUUAAUUGGUGGACGGCUCAACUCUUGGUCUCUUGACGACUUUCCAGACUUUGCUGAGCGGAAUGACAACACAGAGCCAGGAGAAAACAGAAGUGACCGUGAGCAAGAAACUUUGAUUGGUAGACGGCUCAACUCUCGGUCUCUUGACUACUUUCCAGACUUUGCUGAGCGGAAUGACAACACAGAGCCAGGUGAGGAGACCUUUUCUACUCUUCCUUAUUCUCCCGAACCACCGUCUCCACCGACAAUGGACCCUUCAAGCAUACCGGGUGAGGAUGGCAUCGAUAACCACAAGGAAGACAACAACUUGGAUCAGGCCAGUGGAGAACUUCCAAAAUGAACUGGUGGAGAGUAUCAAAUCAAAUCAAGAAAACUGAGACACUGACACUUCCCAAAAUGCCCUGAUUUCUCACAUGGAGCCCCAGAUCAGAAGAAAAGGACAAGAUUACCAAAGUGUCACUAAUAGCAACAGCUGGUAAAAAGUGCACUUGAAGUGCAAUGCAGUCCCGAAGGAGGAAAGACUCACAAUGAACGCUUCAAAAGGACAAAGAAGGAGAAAAGAAAACAAGGCUGGUGAAUGGAGUCCCUCAAAAUGUGACAUAUUGAAAAGAGAAAACAUCCGACAGGAACACAGUGGAAGACAGAUGAACACAAAGAAGAAGACAGUUGAAGAGAGGGAGCCAAAGGGAGUUAAACAUUUGCUCAGUGACUGCAAUAAAUAGCUGAAGUUGAUAUAAAGAGCCUCUGAUAACAAUCACCUGUGUCUCAGUGGCCUGAAGAGAGGAGGGAGGUUCACUGCUUCGUUUCCCUUUUUAAUGUGAUAUACUGUAUAUCUUUAGAAACACUCAUAUCAGUAUCUCAGCAAAAAGAAGUUAUUAUACAUGAUAGAUAAAUCUCAACAAGCAUUAUAGAGAUAUCAUCCUUCAUCUUCUGUGCUCUCCUCAGCCUCACAGGGUUUUCUUCCAGAGAACAGAGGAGAUCCUCCUGUCUUUUCACCAUUUAACUUUUACUCUUUUCAUUCUUUUCUAAUGCGUCUUAAUAGCUAAUUUAUCUUUGCUUUUACUAACAGAACACUGUGACAGAUGACAGGGGCAGGGUGGCCAUCGGGAGGUUCGGGAGGUUUCCCAAAUGGCCAGUGUAUUCCGGGCCACUGGGGUCUAUUCUUGCCGGUGACCACAAGCGGCAUAUAUAUAUAUAUAUAUAUAUAUAGUUUUUUUUUUUUUUGGUUUUUUGUACCUUAAGCU